AUGAACAGAAGAGAAGCAAGAGGGAUUUCGAAUUGCUUCAAGGACAGAGAUGAGGAGCUUUCCUUUUUCCGGGACCUUAAAAAACGCGAAAAAGAUCAAUCUCCAAGCCUUCUUCACCCUAUUUCUGAUGACUUUGAGCCAAACGGAAGCUUUGGAUUGAACAGAAUUAAUGAGACUUGCAAAAAUGAUUACAACUGGCUGAAAUCGCCUCCAGCGACGCCUCUAUUUCCAUCACUUGAGAUGGAAACAAAUGGCAAAGAACUAGUCUUGCAAAGAGAGAUACCAAUCAUCCAGCCUAUUUCAAGGGUAAAUUUUAUUUCUGAUUUUUAUCAACUUUUCUUGCACGCUUUGAAAUGA